AUUGUUGUGACUGAGAAGGAAGCCAGGGCGUUUGGUGACCACUUCUCCUCUCUUUCUUCACUAGAGGAAUUCUCAGGUUUGGAUACGGAUGAGGCAACACCCACGGAAGAGGCCUACGUUGUCUAUGAUGAAGAUUAUGAAUUUGAGACCUCCAGGCCACCGGCCACCACCAAGCCCUCGACCACCGCUGCCACACCAAGGGUCAUCCCAGAAGAAGGCACCAUCAGUUCCUUUCCUGAAGAAGAAUUUGAUCUGGCUGGAAAGAAACGAUUUGUUGCUCCUUACGUGACAUACCUAAAUAAAGACCCCUCAGCCCCAUGCUCUCUGACCGAUGCUCUGGAUCACUUCCAAGUGGACAGCCUGGAUGAAAUCAUCCCAAAUGACCUGAGGAAGAGUGACCAGCCUCCUCAGCAUGCUCCCCGCAACAUCACUGUGGUCGCCGUGGAAGGCUGCCACUCGUUUGUCAUUGUGGACUGGGACAAAGCCACCCCAGGAGAUGUGGUAACAGGCUACUUGGUUUAUAGUGCCUCCUAUGAAGACUUCAUCAGGAACAAGUGGUCCACUCAAGCUUCUUCAGUAACUCAUUUGCCCAUUGAGAACCUGAAGCCAAACACAAGGUAUUAUUUUAAAGUUCAAGCCAAAAAUCCUCAUGGCUAUGGACCUGUCAGCCCUUCGGUCUCGUUUGUUACAGAAUCAGACAAUCCUCUGCUUGUCGUGAGGCCACCAGGGGGUGAGCCCAUCUGGAUCCCAUUUGCUUUCAAGCACGAUCCUGGCUACACGGACUGCCAUGGCCGGCAAUAUGUGAAGCGGACAUGGUAUCGAAAGUUUGUGGGAGUCGUUCUUUGUAAUUCACUGAGGUAUAAGAUCUACCUCAGUGACAACCUGAAAGAUACAUUCUACAGCAUUGGAGACAGUUGGGGAAGAGGUGAGGACCAUUGCCAAUUUGUGGAUUCACACCUUGAUGGAAGAACAGGUCCUCAGUCCUAUGUAGAAGCCCUCCCUACCAUUCAAGGCUACUAUCGCCAGUACCGCCAGGAGCCCGUCAGCUUUGGCCACAUCGGCUUUGGAACUCCCUACUACUAUGUGGGCUGGUAUGAGUGUGGGGUCUCCAUCCCAGGAAAGUGGUAGCCACAGGACAUCGUGCUGCAAGCUCACCCUGCCCAGCCCCACUGACUCACUUGCACUAGGGGCUGUGAGCAGAAGACAGCCGGCAUGCCCAGCCCCGCUGCUUUGGGUGACAGGACGGCCUCAGGAUGGACACUGGCCAUUCUGGUCAUCUCAGUCUGGAAUUCAGUCUCACUUCUUGGUCUGGACUAUGACUAGGAUUCAGUUUUGCUGUUAACAUCUCUUCUCCACAUUUCUUUUGUUUGUAAUAACACACGUCCCAGAGACAUCAGAAACCAGCCAGCAGCUGAUUCAGUAUGAUUUCCAGACUUUUUAGGCACAAAAUUUGGACACUUUGGUAUUUCCAGGAACAGCAUAAGCAGUCUGUGCUUGCUUCGUGGAACGCUACAUGCUUUCUGUUUUUCUCGUUUUUGUUUCUCCAAAACUAGCUGAAGUUAGGCUUCAGGUCUCCUUGUAUGCAAUAGAACUGAAUUACUAAAAACACAGCCAAAGAAAAUAUAUCCUACUUGAGAUUUAUUCUAUGGACUUGCCCACUGCUAGACUAAAUGUAUCAAAUCUUAUUUGUAAAUUCUCAAUUUUGAUAUAUAUAUGUAUAUAUGCAUAUACAUAUCCUCACUUGUCUGCAAGAAUAUUGAUUAAAAUGACUAAAUUUGUACUUGUUCACUAGA